AUGUACUGUCCUAUUGGUCCGUUGGGCUGGGCGGGCGGGCUCCAGGCUAAUUCUACGCUGUCUGGACCAAUCGAUAGGGGCACGGGCGGGGGCUGGGAUGUAGGGGGGGCCGGUGCCGUGGUAACGCGUUGCGGGGGGGUGCGGGUGCAGCCGCCGGGGGUGCAUGCCUCCAGGACCAGCGACACACACGCACACACACACAUCUGGAGUUUGUUUGUUCCCAUCCCUCUGUUGUCUUCCCUGUGUUGUCUCUCCGCAGUGGAGGAUUCUACCAACCUGCCCCCCUCCCCUCCCCCCUCUCCAUCCACCGAGCUCACUGGACCUAUGGAACGAGACGAGAGAGUAGAGGAGGCCCCUGCUCCCCCUGUGGAGGAGGAGGAGCCCCCAGACCAGCAGGAGGAGCAGCCGGCAGACAGGCUCUUAGAGCGGGCUGACGUUGUAGGAGAGUCCCAGGCUUUGCCCUGUCAGCAGGCCAAGGAAGCCCAUGAAACCCUCAAUGGGGCAAACCACCAAUCUGAGCAGGAGACGACAUCUCAGGAAGCCAUCCUGGAGCUGUUUCCCCAAGCCCCCGCUCAGCCCCAGACUACUGCAGCUUUCCUUACAGCCCCGCAGCACAGCCCAGAGGGAUCUGCUGGAGAUCUGACAGGAGAGCCUGCGACGGCAGACGUUCACCCAGAGGGGGCGCCGACGCAGCACGGCCCAGAGGGAUCUGCUGAGGAUCUGACAGGAGAGCCUGCGACGGCAGACGUUCACCCAGAGGGGGCGCCGACGCAGCACAGCCCAAACCUCCCUGAGAGUGAGAGAGAAACACCGGAGGGAGCAGAGAGGAGUCCUUCUCCUUUGCCGGAGGAAGACAUUAUCAGCAUGGUCUCCAAGCUGCACAUCCAGGGCCCCGGCACCACAGCAGAGCAGUGCCUUCUGGUGAAGGAGAUUGAAAACACAGCCAGAAGCAUGUCAACUCAGCUGAAGAUUGAGGAUAGGGGGGUGGGUGAGGGAGGUCCGGAUGGGAGCAGUGAAGCUACACCGUGUAGGUCAGGAGAAGAACCAUCGCCUGACGAGGUCUUGCCGUCAGAAACCGAGGGAAACAAAGACGAACUCGAAGAGGUUCGUACCAUCUCUGAUGCUGAGGAGGCUUUGGACGUACAGAUCUUAAAGAUCGGAAGUUACUCCAGAGAUCCACUGGGGGCUUUGAAGGACGAUGAGUCCGGAAUGACUGCCUACUUUGAGACGUCUGCCCGAAGCCGUGCACAGGAACCAGAACGUCCGGAGGGUUACUAUGAACUCAGCACGGCCACAGACCCUGGGGAAGCCAGGGGGGAUGGUGCCGAUUCCAACCCUGAAAGAAGACAACAAACUCAAGAGUUGUGUACCAAGAGUGGGUCUAUUGAAACCACAGAAGAAGCCUCUAUUGAAACCACAGAAGAAGCCUCAGAGAGCAAGGAUCAGGAGAGUAAGGCUUCCCGAACCAAACCAACACUGAAGCAGAGAAGUUUCUCUGUGAAUAUUUCCCUUGGUUCAGAAAAUCAGACGGGGCAGCAAGGCAAGUCAAGGGUCUCCUCUCUCCCAGAUCCAGACUCCUCAAGCUUCAGCAGUGAAACUCCAGUGAAGUUGCCAGUCCAUCCUGAAUCUUCACCAGUGGAAGACCAGACUCCGUUCGUCUCCAGGACUCCAGAGAUAGCGUUGUCCAUCACCACCAGCCGCAGCGGGCCUCCCGAAACCAACACAACAAUCCCCGGAUUACCCUUCCUAUUCAGUGAGCCAGCGACCAGACAGAGCAGGGAUAUCCCUGAGAUGCUAGAUCUGGCUGGUGUAAGGCCCAAAUCAGCCCUGGAGAGGAGGGAGCUGGACCACGCCAGGAGAGGAUCCGUGCCUGUGGAUAUGUCCUCUCUGGUGGGCUGUUCUCUGGCCAAGCUGGCUCUGGAUACCCAGGCCUCCAGGGUGGUGGGUCAGAGCCUGGAUGUCAGGCAGGACGAGCUGGGCUACUGUGUGUUUAGUGAGUACUCUGCCCCCAUGCCCUCACCUGCUGACCUCCACAGCCCCAUGGAGACCUGCCACCAGAUGUUCCCCUCCACCGACGUGGACAGCGAGGAGGAGCUGGGAAGGCUUGGGGAAGAAGGUGUGGAAGAGAGGCUGGAGACACGGCAGCCGGAUCAGAUGAAGAUCAUUCCGGACAUAGACUGCUUGGAGACGCCUGAUACGAAAGCGGAGAAAGUCACCGAGAAGAGAGACGCUGUUGUGGUUCUCCCUAAGUCGAGCGUGAUCCUGGAGAAAGCCGUCCCCAGCGGAGUGAGACCGGACCGCCUGCGUAUCCCUGCGACUCCGUCCAAAGAGCGCCUGACGGAGUUCCGCUUGGAGAGCGGACUCACGGAAGACAUCAAGACCCAGGCCAUCCUAGAGGUGGAGGUGGAACAGGACGUCUCGAGAGAGGCUUCCCCUGUGCCUCCUGACUCCUCCUUCACCUUCAACACAGACGGCGAGGGGAGGCAGGCUUCGUUCCUGCCCGAUGGUGCUCCCCCAACCCCCUCAGAGCCAAUCCCGCGGGACGAACCUCAGGAUGAGGUCGGCCAAUCAGAGACGGCUUUACACGUAGAGAAGAUGAAGACAAUAGAGAAGGAGGGAAGUGAACCGUCAGAGCUGGAGAUGUCUGGCCCGGACUCUCUGAGGGUCUUUGUGGUGACGGAACAGGAGAACCAGAAGAUCGAGAAGCCAACCCUGGAGACGUCUGGAGAGAGCUGUGCAGAAGAGGAUCCGUCUCCGGAAAACAAACCUGAAUCUGAAACAGCUUCACCAGAGGACGUCGUUAUAGAAAAGGGGACGAUAAGUCCACCUGAAGAACAAUCCUUAACACCACCCAAGGACAGCUCAGCAAACAAGCAGGAAGUGAGGGAGCCUAGGAGAUACAUAUCAACUGUGACUGUGAUAUCUCAGAUAUCUCCACCCAUCAUCAUCAUCCCCCAGGCCAUGAAGGAGGAAGAAGAAGAGGAGGAGGAGGAAGAUGGCGUAGAUAUGGAAGUCGCCGAGGAACAACAGGAAGUCAUGGAGGAAGUUGAGAGCCCUGCGCUUUGCGAGAAACUGGGCAAGGAGAAAGAGGAAGUGGAGGAGGAGGAAGACAUGGAGAAAGUGGAGGAGAAGGUGGUGGUGGAGGAGGAGGAGGGGGUGGAAAAAUGCAAAUCUCUCUCCGCAUCCUCAGAUAUGGUGGACGAAGCCCAUGAAGAUGACGGGCACGCAUCCUCACAUGCUACGUCGGGAGAAAAUGUUUCCUCCCAGUCUCACCUCCCCACCACCUGUAACAGUGACCAGCCCCCUCCCCAAACCAUGGAGGAAGGGGAAGACGUGGAGGACGAGGUGGUGGGGGAGGUGGGGGAGGAGGGGGAGGUGGGGGAAAGGGAAGAAGAUAAGGAGGUGGAUGUGUCUGUGGAGCUGGCUCAGAAGAUGGAGGUGGAGGAGAUCUCAGAUGUCCUCCAGCGUAAUCCUGACGUAAAUGACGAAACCACCGUGGGCGACUCCAUGCUGGACACAGACAGUGGCUGGUUGGACUCCCAAGAUGAGGACAGGAGCGUGGUGUCGGAGCUCAUUGAAGCUCUGCCUGAAACGCCCCGCAAGAGUCCCACCAGGACCCCCUCGAUGGAGACAGCGAAGCCCAGCAAACGAGCCUCGGGCCCGGGGAGGGGUCGAAGCGGCGCCCCUGAGGACAAGACGACACGGAAAGAUCCAGGUUUUCACCCCAGAGAAGAGCUCAGGAAGAGAAAAGUCGGUAUAAAGAGGGUGGAGCACUGUAAGGCACUCCUGUGUCACUCUCCGUCGCGGCGAGGUGUGGUCAGAAAUGCAGCGAGACAGCCUAGAAUUGGUCCGCACCACGCCUAUGCUAAACGCAAGACCCCAGGUGAUCACCCGCCUCUCAGUGUGGCCCACCAGUCAAGGGACAGGACCUCUGAGGGCCCCUAUCGGAGCCCAGAGAAGAGGUCGUCUCUGCCCCGGCCGGCCCACUCCCUGACCCGUAGACCCCCCCCUGCAGAGGCUGACGACUCCAGCGCCCCCCGCAGACCAACCUCGAUCCGUACAGAGCCCAGAGCAGAGAGCCGGCCUGGACGUGCACCUGGUGGGGCAGGCACGGACACGGCCCGGUCCCGUUCGGCCCGCAGCGGCACGUCCACCCCGGGCUCCACCGCCGUCACGCCCGGCACGCCGCCCAGCUACUCCUGCCGCACCCCCGGCUCGCGCACCCCCGGCAGCCACACCCCCAAGACCCUCAGCCUGCUGUCCCAGGAGAAGAAGGUGGCGGUGAUCCGCACCCCGCCCAAGUCCCCCUCCACCACCCCCAAGCAGCUGCGCGUACUCAACCAGCCUCUGCCCGACCUGACCAACGUCAAGUCCAAGAUUGGGUCCACAGACAACAUGAAGUACCAGCCCAAAGGUGGCCAGGUGUUUAUUCCCAGUGUUAAGAUGGACUUCAGCCAUGUCCAGUCUAAAUGUGGCUCUCUGGACAAAGUCCAGCACACUGCGGGCGGGGGAAAUAUCCAGAUUCAGACCAAGAAGAUCGACCUGAGCCACAUCACCGCAAAAUGUGGAUCGAUGUCCAACAUCCGUCACCGGCCAGGGGGCGGGAACAUACGUAUCGACAACGUGAAGCUGGACUUUAAAGAUAAGGCUCAGGCCAAGGUGGGCUCCCUGGAUAACACCGCCCACACCCCUGGUGGAGGCAACAUCAUGAUCGAGAGCCACAAGCUGACGUUCCGGGACACGGCCAAGGCCCGUGUGGACCACGGGGCGGAGAUCGUGGUCACCCACUCCCCCGGGGGCACGGGUGGCACCUCCCCCCACCGCCUCGGUGACCUGUCAUCCACAGGCAGCAUCAACCUGAUGGACUCCUCCCACCUCUCCACCCUGGCCCAGGACGUCACCGCCGCACUGGCCAAGCAGGGCUUAUGAGUCCCCUAGCUGGCCCCUCCUCCGUUACCUGCCUCCCUUCUGUGCUAGUUCCCCCCCCCCCCUUUCUCUUGCUGAUUCCUUGUUGCCCCUGUACUCCCCUGGAUGCCCCCUCCCUUCCUUAGCU